AUGGAUGUUUCCGAAGAUCUAGCAAGGGAUUACCCUCCAAGACUUUACCCUGAAGGGGCUUCUAUUUUUGAAAACAAAAGCAUUAAUACGAAUAGCCAUUUUUCUGAGAUCCCUCGAUUUAGACAAGCAAUUGGAAUAGAUGUACAGCUGCGAGUCUAUAAGAAGGAGAUUUGGUCUCUCGUUGUUGAUCAACCUCUCAGGUUUAGCUUAAUAGAAUUUGGUGAGAUCACGGGUUUAAACACAAAUCCACUGCCAGAAGAAAGUUUUGAACCUGAUCCAGAGAAUUACAAAGCGUUGUGGGAGUUGUUGAAAGUGCCGCUUGGGUACGGACCCAAGUUUGUUGAACUUAUAGAAGCUUUAACGGAGCCAUUCUGGAGUGCUGAUCAGCGGAAAUGGUAUGGGCUGUUGUUUCUUCAAGCCAUUGGACUUUAUGGCUUGCAUCAUAAUUGUAGAAUACCCUUUGAAAGUGCAAAAAGAAUAUUCGAUGAUGACGCCCUGAUGACUUAUCCUUGGGGUCGGACUGCCUAUGAAUUUCUUGUUGAUUCUAUCAAGUUGUUACAUCCACAAGGAGGGUCGUACACCCUUAGCGGCUUCAAGGACGUGUUAUUGGUUUGGGCGUAUGAAUCUGUCAUAGUGUUCGGAGAGCUUUAUGGCAGAAAAGUGAAUCCAGACGAAAUUCCGCUUUUGCGAUGGGGUGGAAGUCGUACUCGUGCAAGUCUUGCUACUACAAUAGCUAAGGAGAUGAAUGAUCAUGGAACGGUGCGUGUGAGGAAAAUGGUGAUGAAGGAGGGUCUAGAAGAGUUGUUUCCUCAGUGGAAGGAUGAAGCAGAUGACCCACAACUUGAUAACCUAAUUAAAGAUAUACAUGCAGAUAGGUCUAAGAAAGGUAAGAAACAGAAGGAGGUGAAAAUCAAUGAGGGUGAAACUGCUGUUGUAGAGGAGAAUGAGAGUGCAAAGGAGAAGGGUCGUAGCGAAGCGGUUCUGCUGAACAUAGUUGCUCAUCUCGAGAAGUUGGACCGAAAAUUUGACUCGAGAUUAACAGAAUACGACACCAAGUUUGGAUCUUUUUCCCGAGGCCUUUUGGAUACCAUUGGAGAUACAGUGAAAACUACAGUUGAAGAGCGUCUGAGAGUUUUGGGGGUGUCCAAUAGUAGUCAACCUGAAGGUCAACACGUGAUGGUCUUAGAAGACAACCAACAGCCGGAGUCUAAUAGUGGUCAACCUGAUGGUCAAAACGUGAUGGUCUCAGAAGACAACCGACAGCCGGACUCCAAUAGUGGUCAACCUGCAUCUAAGACCCCUAUUGAUAAACAGUCCGAAGACAGCCAACCACAAAAGACCCCUGGUAAAGGCCAAUCUGAGAAGAAUCUGGCAGAUGAUAUUGCUAAAGCUGAUGCGAAAGGUAUGGGAGCAAAGCUGAAUUCGAAGGUUGUCAGGGAUAAGGCUGCUGGGGUGAAAAAGAACUUGGAUUCGGUGUUUGGUAAUGCCGAUGCAACAAAUGCUGAUUUGGUCUCUGAUUCUCCUGGUAACGAACCACCAUUCGGACGCGGUUGCAGGGGCUUAGGGAAAAGAAAUAACUUAGCGGCUGAUUUGGAGAGGAAUGAAGCUGAGUUAAAGAAGAAGCAGAAGGAAAUUCCACAUGGAGAAGCUCACGAGGAUAUUGAGUUCUACAGAAUCCUCAUCACUCCAAGACCUUGGCCCAUCAAAGAAUAUGGAUGGCUGGUUCAAAAUCAUAAUGCUGCGUAUAUUAGAGUCCUCAUUCAAAGGACCAAACAAGAUCCCAGCCCAUUCUGGUCCAAGCGCGUUGCCUUUAUAGACUCUUGGUUCCUUGAAUCAUGGGUUCACGAUUAUAAGAAGUUCGAAGUCAAACCGGAAAUGGUCAAAUUCAAAGGAAGUGGUUACGAGGGGUUAGCAAACGGUUUGAUCCCCACAGACAUUCAGACAAAGUUGCGGUGGUUUACAGAUGUAGAUCACUUGUACGGAGUGCUUAAUAAUGGCAGCAAUCAUUGGGUGGGUUUUCACGCGGAUCUGCAUAAAGAGAAGGUUGAUUGCUAUGAUUCAAUCGUUGGAGAGCAAACACUCGAAAGUGAUCUGAGAAUGCUAAAUUUCUUUAGGCCGCUUACUGGUAUGAUCCCUGCGAUUCUGAAUGCCCUUAUUCCUGAUGAUAUCCGAGUCCCUACCAAGAAAGAAUUUGUAUUCAGACGAAGAACAAAACGUAUUGUUCCACAAAACAACCUGAGAGGCGACUGUGGAGUGUAUUCAUUGAAGUUCGUCGAGUGUCUAGCGCUUGGUGUAGCUUUUGAUGGGAUAUCGGAUGAAAAUAUUCAAGGUCUGAGAAUGAAGAUGGCAGCAGAUGUCUUCAAUGAAGGAAGUUGUAGUUUGGUAGGGUCGUUUGGCGAUGAAUGA